GAAUGAGGUUUGAAAUGGGUGAUUGGUGUGUAAAUUAAGAAAAUUUUUGGCGGUUUCGUCUUAUCAAUUUAUUAUCAUUUGAAUGCAACAACUUUCAUAGAUUAAGUUUAAAGUACGAAUCAAAUUACUUAAGGUAUAACGACGAUUUAUCCCAAAGUAAUGUGUAUAUCAUCUACGUAUACAUCAUUAUCUUAUCAAACCUUGGCAUAGACCACUUCAAAAACUUUGCUAAUGUAGGUAUAAGCAUUACUAGUUUCAGAAAAAUCUCAGGCAUUUGGUUCGCAGGUUGUCAAUUUUAUCAAAUUACGCGUUAAAAUGAAUAACACCGGGUAUUUAAAAGGAAAAACGGUUUUCAUCACCGGUGGCAGUCGAGGAAUUGGGUUCGCUAUUGCGAAGAAAUUGGCCGCCGAUGGAGCAAAUAUUGCAAUAGCUGCAAGAAGCGUAGAACUGAAACAGGAUCCGAAUGCUAUAGAGAAUGAAACUAUUUUUACAGCUGCGAAAAAAAUUGAAGAAGCUGGUGGCAGAUGCUUACCGUGCCAAGUAGAUGUCAGAAAUGAACAACAGAUUCAAUCUGCUCUCGAGAAAACUGCACAGACGUUCGGUGGAAUCGAUAUCGUGAUCAAUAAUUGCAGUUAUUUGAAUUUAACCAACGUUGGCAACACAGAUAUUCAGAAAUACGAUGAAAUGUUUCGAAUCAUAACACGAGGCGCUUAUUUAGUAUGCAAAUUAUCUUACCCUUACUUGAAAAAAAGCAACCAUGCUCACAUACUGAAUAUUUCUCCGCCUAUAAACUUGGAUCCAGUUUGGUUAGAAUUACACGCAGCUUACACAGCUUUCAAAUUCAGUGUAUCAAUGUACACCAUCGGUAUGUCGAAGGAAUUCAAAAAAGAUAAUAUUGCGGUGAAUUCCCUAUGGCCUAAAAAAGUGAUAUAUUCCAGUGGAAUGAUAGAACAUCGAGGACCAAAAGCUAGAAAAUUCUGCAGAAGCGUAGACAUAAUGGCAGACGCUGCGUAUGCCAUUUUGAUUAAAGAUCCUAAAGUUUUUAGCGGUAAUUUGAAUUUGGAUGAAGAUGUAUUGAAGAAUGAAAAUAUACACGAUAUGGGACAGUAUUCUGAAGCUGGCGCCAUCGAAGAGAAAAUUUUACCAGACGUGUUCGUAGGAGAAGUACCAAAUUUCGAUGUAAUAAACGAAUAAGCACUUCGAACGAAUCCAAUCAUCUUCCAAAACCAAUAACACAAUAAAAACCACCAGAUAUUAUCAACAUGUUAAUUUCAUUUUAGUAAUCAAAAUUUUUACAAUAUUUUUACACACAAGCAAUUUAAACAUAAGAAAAUACACUUAACAUAAUUAAAAAAAUAUUUUUAUGUAUAAUAUUCGACAAAAAGAAAAAUUCAAAUUACAAAGUGUUCAUUUAGGUACAAUUUACAAAAUUUACUCGGUACAAGUACACCAGUAUAAAGUAUACAAAUACCACACACAUGAAAAUAAUGAAGAAGAAGAAAAAAAAAGUAAAAUAAAAGGAAUAAAACGCAAAACAUGAGAUCUUACCUCAAAGUUACAUUCACAACCUAACGCUCAAUUUCCAUUACGAAAUUUAAAAAAAAAAAAAAAAGAAAAAAAACACCACAUCGAGUGGUUUUGUAAAUACAUAUGUUUGCAUACGUAAACGUAACAUUAAAAGUGUAUAGUAUUGCUAUUACAUUAACAUAUUUUUUUUUAUUGGAAUUUGAUUGUAUGUAUUUCAGCAUUGAAAUAUUAUUUAACAUGCGUAACAACCAAAUGAAAUUAAAAGCGAAAUAAUACGAGUAAGGCACUAUUGAAAAAAAAAAAUGCUCUUACGGAUAGAAAAAAAACAUAUUCUGAGUACAGUUUACACCACUAAUAUUAUUAGGUACUUGAUAGUCGACAUUUGCGCGAAAUACUCAAACUUGUAUGUAGAUAUAAUCUCGAGAGGAAUGUGAAAGAAAACAAACAAAAAAAAAAAAUUAUUCGUAAAGCGUAGAGUACAUCUAGAUAAAAAUCUGGUCCUGUGGUGAAAGCUUCGCGAUUAAAUUUUGAUUUUUAAAUUAUUUAUCACAGAAAAAUGUAUACGAAAUAUUUGAUAUUUUUUGAUUUAUAAAAUCAUAAAAUACAUUACUACAUAGUUUAACUACUAAAACAAAGCUCAAUGAAAUUAAUGUGCCAAAGCUCACACGUUCGAAUUGUUUCAAUACUUAUUAAUUCAACGAUGAUGGCCACAGAAGACCAUCGCGGUAAAAAAAAAAACGACUGACUCAGCAUAAAAUACAAUCUUUGACAUUGUGGGGCAAAUAAAAUUCGGGUUAAAAAUUAAAAUACAUAGUAUAAUAAAAUAAUAAUAACAAACAAAAGAAAGACUAGCCGUUUUACUAUUAUUAAUUUAGCCAUUUUGCACAGUCCUACAAAAAUCAUACAAUUCGCAGUCAUUGUCCAUAUAUAUGUACUUGUAAGUUUAUCAAUCUAGAAUACUAAUUCGCGCACGCGUGCAAAGAAAAAAAAAACAAACAAACAAAAAAAUCAUAAUACUAUAAUAUUUAGCUUACGUUUCGAGUGCUAUCCCACGUUGCAAAAAAAAAAAUUAUUUAAAAUAAUUAAGGAUUUAAAAAAAAAAAAUCAUAAAUAAAAAUAAAAGGAAAAAAAUUCUGAUAAAACCGGUUUCGAUAAAGUCGAGUAACAUCACAAAAAAAUACCUACAACAUUAGAACGAAGAAAAAUAUAGCAAAAUACAUUCCUACCUCUACAUAAUACACCAUAGUACACAUAAUAAUAUUCGUAAUAAUAAUAAAAGUUAUCAAAACUUUCUCAUCAACAAUAACAUUAAAAAAGAAAACCAAAUAGUUUCAAUUUCAUUUCGAAAUCAUCCAUAAGUACACGAUUAAAUCAACAAUAAUAUAAAUUUAGCUUCAAGUUUCGAAUAUUUUGUCAGCCAUCGUUUUAUCAACGAGUAACUUUGUUUGUGAUGCACGAUUAAAAAAAAAAAAAAAAAAAAAAAAAAAAACA